AUGGCAGUGGUGGAAACGGAUAAAAGUACUUUGGUUAAAUGUUUUGAUGUGCUAGAAUCGCUAACUGAAAUGGAAACAGGAUCGCCGCAGGUUCAGAAGAUUAUAGAAGUUGAAAAUUUGACAGUGGCUGAUGUUGAAUUGGAGGUUGCGACCUUGGCUAGGGUUGCGCAGGGGGGUAUGAUAGUGGUUGCGCAGGGGGGUGCAACUCAGGUUGACCUUGGAGCUUCGAUAGCGACUGCUACUGAAGCUACGAAUGUUGAUUGA